GCCACGGUCAACAUUCAGCCACCACGCCAAUGAGCGACAUGAUGGCGGCAAUUGCAUUGCCGGAGUGGAGCCGGUUUCGGUGUUGCUCGUUAUUUCAGAAGACAGCGACCAGAUCAUCAACCUGGUGUCUCAGUUGCAGAGCACUUUUGAGCUUUCUCUAUGGGCACCUUGCAUAAGCUACAACUGCAUGUUCGUCUAGGACAAGGGUUUAUCUCCCGAAGUGCCCGGUUCCGACGACAUUUGGUGCUCGAAGCGUAAAGAACAUUACAGUAGGUGCUCGAAAGGGAUCAAAUCCUAUUGGCCAAGCCAAACACUCAACCUCAUCUCGCUCAUUGAUAUAUCACUUUGCAACGCAGGAAACAGCGAAGAAAUUUGGGAAAACUGUCCUUAAUUGAUCUAUAGCACUUCACCUUCCACUGUGAUCACAAUUUUGAUCUCUAAACCCCCAAGUUCACACUGUUGAUCAUACCAAGAACAAUCCCCCAAAAUGGAUCCUGGCUUGAAUUCCCUCCUUCAGUGGGGCAUUGAGAAUUCCGAAGCAGGCGGCACACAAAAUCAACAGGUUCGCGAGCCCAAGGGACUCUCAGCUGACGCUCUCCGCGCUCUUAUGGGCGGUCCCAGCGACGCCGACCUCAUGAAAGAAGCCAUGUCCAUCAUCGUGUCGUCUGAUCCUGAAGUCACGCAUGACGCCAAAAUGACCGCCUUCGACAACUUCGAGCAACUACUUGAGAGCAUUGACAACGCCAACAACAUGGAACCGCUAGGCCUGUGGACGCCACUGCUUUCCCAGCUUGACAGCGAAGUGGCGGACAUGCGACGCAUGGCCGCCUGGUGUCUAGGCACAGCGGUCCAGAAUAACGUCAAAGCACAAGAACGCUUGCUCGCCGUUAACGGUAUCAAUAAACUUUGCCAACUCGCAUUGGACGAUAUCGACCAGGCAGUCCGACGAAAAGCUGUCUACGCUCUGAGUUCCGGGAUCAGAAAUUAUCAGCCAGCAAUGAACGAGGCUGUCAAACAGUUACCCAAGGAAAUUGUGGGGCCAGAUCAGGUGUCGGCGGCGGAUAUGGAUGUCAUUGACGCCAUCAUGAGCAAGCUGAGGGAGAAGGAAUGAAAGCCGAACGGACUAGACGAAGCUAGGAAGUUGUCGACAGGCGAACCAUUGGUUCCUGGCUGGCGACGAUGAUUGUUGGGCUCAAAAUGCUGUCGAUAUUGCCACCACAAACGAUGUUGGAGGCGAACUCUAUGAGCCCGUGGCCAAUUCUACGGAAGCCUCCCGCCGCCAGGCACAGUGGUGGGCGUACACGCACCAAGGCCAGGAAUGUUCCGUCCAGAUCCGAAUGAGUCUCGCUUGUAUACAGCGCUACUCGAUGGACGCAUGGAAAGUAUUUCGUAUUACUAGCCGAAGGCCAAGGAAAAGAAAAGCAGAGUCCAGCCUUGCUCAGCAAAUGUAUCAUGACAUGGAAUGAAUACCAUAAACUUGUACUCCGUAGUCCUUGACCUAUACGCUGAUGCUUGCUUAAAACUUUGUUUCAU